AUGGAUGCUCCGGUCAAGAAAAAGGCAUUGUCUCGGGCUAGCUUGAGUCCUCAGAGGAAAGAAAAGUGCUUAGUAUUUCCCCUCUUGAGGUAUAAUGAACUUCGGCAGCCUGUUUGCCAGGUUUGUAGUGUGGUCAUGUUAGAGUCUAUACGUUCACACCUGGCUUCUCCUGAGCAUAACGAGGAAAUGGAAAAACUGAAAGCUAAUGCUGCUGCAUCAGCUGAGCAUAACAAUGCAAAGCCACGUACUGGUACCAACUCUCCGAAGGCUAAUAGAGAACAACCUCAAGACACAGAAUGCCAACCACCGGAAUGUUCACAAGAUGUGCCUAAACAUCAGUCACCAUCGAUGCUUCAAAGAGAUUUUUGUGAUGACAGUGGUAAAAUAAGGACAAGAUCCGGUUCAUUGGGCUUCUUACUGAGACAAAAGAAGUUGUACCGUUCUAUCAUCGUGAACUUGGUGUCAAAGCCAUGGCCUGAAGACGAGGAGUUUGAAAAACCUUUUCUGAAGUUUCUUGCACUACCUAAUACUCCCUUCACCAAGGCUGGUAUGUCUCCACACCCACCGAGUGGAGCGUUUAGGUGUUUAAAAAACAAAAGAAGAAUUGAAUAA